AUGUCACCUGAAGAAAAGCUGGACCCGCUUCCUGACAACUUCAUCCUACAGCCGCCAGUCUUCUACCCGGUGAUACCUUAUGUCACGACAAUUUUUGGUGGUCUGCAUACUGGCAAGAUGGUCAUGCUACAGGGAGUAGUCCCUCAAAAUGCACUCAGGUUCCAGGUGGACUUCCAGUGUGGCUGCAGUGUGCAGCCCCGGCCAGAUAUCGCCAUCCAUUUCAACCCUCGCUUCCAUACCACCAAGCCCCAUGUCAUCUGUAACACCCUGCAUGGUGGGCGCUGGCAAGCAGAGGCCCGGUGGCCUGGCCUGGCCCUGCAGAGAGGGGCCAGCUUCCUCAUCCUCUUUCUCUUUGGGAAUGAGGCAGUGAAGGUGAGCGUGAAUGGACACCACUUUCUCCACUACCCCUAUCGGCUCCCGCUGUCCCGGGUGGACACCCUGGGCAUAUUUGGUGACAUCUUGGUGAAGGCCGUCGGAUUCCUGAACAUCAACCCAUUUAUGGAGGGUGGAAGAGAAUAUCCGGUCGGACACCCCUUCCUGCUGAAAAACCCCAGGCUGGAGGUACCCUGUUCGCGUGCUCUCCCCCGGGGUCUCUGGCCCGGGCAAGUCAUCAUAGUGCGGGGGCUGGUCUUGCAAGAGUCCAAGGAUUUUACACUGAGCCUGAGGGACAGGUCGGCUUACGUUCCUGUGACGCUCCGGGCUUCCUUCACGGACAGGACUCUGGCCUGGAUCUCCCCCUGGGGACGCAAGAAGCUGAUCUUGGCCCCCUUCCUCUUUUACCCGCAACGAUUCUUCGAGGUGCUGCUGUUGUGCCAUGAGGGAGGGCUGAAGUUGGCACUCAAUGGGCAGGGACUGGGGGCCACCAGCCUGGAUCAGCGGGCCCUGGAGCGGCUGCGGGAGCUUCGGAUCAGUGGCAGUAUCCAGCUCUAUUGCGUCCAGUACUGA